GCGGUGAGGAUGUGGCGGGCGUGACGCGAUUUUGUCCGCGUUGGAACCGGGGCGGCCGUGACGUGGCAGAGAGCGAGCGAGAAAAGGAGCCAGCGAGAGCCAGCCAGCUUUCCCGGCCUCAGAGCAGCUCUCGCUCAGCCGCCGUUGCCCACGUCAGCGCUCGCCGCUUUGGGCGCCCUUGCGGCAGCGGGAGAGAAAAGCAAGAAAGGGAUCCGCGAGCGAGAGGGACGAACCACCAGCCAGAGCAGGGACCGGGGCCCAGGCCGCUGCCUCCCUCCGCCUUCGAACUCGGCCCGCUCGCUCGCUCCCUGUGCCGCUGCCUCCGCCUCGCUCGGAGCCGCCAUGGGCCUCACCAUCUCCUCGCUGUUCUCGCGCCUCUUCGGCAAGAAGCAGAUGCGCAUCCUCAUGGUUGGUUUGGAUGCUGCUGGAAAAACAACUAUUUUGUAUAAACUGAAGUUAGGAGAGAUUGUCACUACAAUUCCCACAAUUGGUUUUAAUGUGGAAACAGUAGAAUAUAAAAACAUCUGUUUCACAGUUUGGGAUGUUGGUGGUCAAGAUAAAAUUAGACCGCUCUGGCGGCAUUAUUUUCAGAACACACAGGGUCUCAUUUUUGUGGUAGAUAGCAAUGACAGAGAGAGAAUUCAGGAAGCGGCAGAAGAGCUGCAGAAAAUGCUUCAAGAAGAUGAGUUGAGAGAUGCAGUGCUGCUUCUUUUUGCAAAUAAACAAGACUUGCCAAAUGCCAUGGCAAUCAGUGAAAUGACAGACAAACUAGGCCUUCAGUCCCUGCGCAACAGAACUUGGUAUGUUCAGGCUACCUGUGCUACACAAGGAACUGGUCUGUAUGAGGGACUUGACUGGCUGUCAAAUGAGCUUUCAAAACGCUAAUUAAAACUGGAUGACUUUCGCACCAGGACAUGUUUGAUAUAAGUGGUCUAGGCUUGUUACAACAAAAUUAGUUUGCAUCUUGGUUAUUAUACAGUAUCUGGAACUGGUUUGGGCAGGAUAUUACAGCAUUUUGACUUAUUUUGUUGCCAAUUAUUGUUUACCAAGAUAUAUGUUGCCAAGGUAACAAUAUGCUUGGAUUAAAAAAAACUCCUUAAUUUGGAAAACAAGUGUAUCUUCUGAUUUUUACUUCUGUUGUUAGCCGAAAUGCCUGAAUAGUUGUGACUUUUGAAAUCUGUUUGAAUGCUUCUUGAGCCCCUAUUAAAUUAAGUAUUUUUAAACGAUUUCUUCCCAUUUUCUUUAAGUUACUGAUAUAUUUCCAUUCCUUAGACAGUCUGCUGACUUAAUCGAGCAUUCCAUUUGUAUUUAUUUCUCUCCCUUAUAAAACACUUCCUAAUAUUGUUCCAGUCAGGAAAACGCGCUAAAACACUAUUCAAAUCUUCUGCACUGAGGAACAUUUUAUUAACCUUUUGGAUUCUGUAUGCCCAUUUUUGCCUCUGUGUGAAUUGAAUCUGAUUGGUAGAAUAUUUUUGUGCUGGUUGCAACGAGCUUGUUGAGGUUUUUAAUAUUCAGCAGAUUGUCUUCCUUUAUAUUGUAUCUUUUUGUUGCAUGUUGCUUUUUGGUAUCAGCCUGUUUUGCCCAGUGUAUAAUAGUUCUUCUGAAGUUUUACUGUUUAUUGGUGAACAUAUCUUCAUAAAGACAGAUUUUUGGAAAAUUCUUAAGACUCAAUGGAUUAAUUUCUUCAUAACCUACUCAGAAUUAUUCCUAAUAAAUGAUACAGAUGUAUAGCUUUGUGUAUGCUCCUUGAAUCUUAAGUUUGUGGAUCUGAUAAUAUGAAUGUGUGACAGAAUUAUUCUUUUUCAAUAAACGGAGUUUUUUCUGUACCUUGAACACAAAAAUCUGAAUAGAAUUUGGAUUGUUUUCAAUUUGGCAAAAAAUUAAGAUGGGCAGUUAAACUUAUGUACAGUGUAGCUGGUUAAUCAUCGAGGCUAAAAUCCUGUAAGUGUUUUGAUGCUGUAAAUCUAAAUCCUUUUAAGAUGUCCAGAUAUGAAACUACUAACAGUAAAAAUUGUAAUAAAGUACAAACUGCCCAAA